AACUUCACGGUUCUCAGACGCCGUGUCAACACCUCACCCCGGCUAACUGGGGGAUUCGUGCAUGUGUACACCUUAACCUGGGUUGAGCUCGGGUUACACGUCCGCUCAUGCUCCGUAGGUUCUAACUGCCCCUCCCCACUCGCAGGAAGCAACGACAGGAAGCGUCACCUUUAAACCCCAGGACGUCUCCACGGCAACGUCACCUCACUGAGGCGUAGAGAACGUACGAGAUGUGCAGCGCUGAGGAGUCGUCCGUGUUCUCCUCCGCUUUCCACGUCGUUGUGAUUUUGAACAAAGUUCAACCGGGAAAAAAAACGUCUUAUUCUGAGCAGUUUUACGUCGGCAGAGCGCCACCUGCUGGACCGGAGGCAGAGUUACUCCCCGUCUGAUCCAGGUCAGUUUCCUCUCUGACGGCUGCAACGUCCAGUCUGCCUCCUGAAAACAAACCAGCCACCCAUUGGUCCGCGAGGGCCUGUGAGGCGAGAGCAGCCAUUGGCCGAGCAGCCUGUCAGUCACAGAGACGGAGACGAGCCUCAGGACGUGAGAGGUUCAGUGACCCUCAGUGAACGAUGGGAUCGAGCUCCAGCAGCGUGGACCACGUCGUCCCAGACGUCCUGCAGCUCAGCAGGGAAACCGGCUUGCUGCUUCGUCCGUCUCUUAUCUCAGUUUGUGCGUCGACGCCCUGAACUGUUCACACUGAUACUGAGACGUCAGUGGAUCAGGAAACUGUUUGUGAGAUUUGGUGAAAAACGAACUGACUGUAAACUGAUCACGUGACGGAUCACGUGACGGAUCACGUGACGGAUCAUGUCGUGUGUUUCAGUCUCCGCCGCUCACCUGCUGCGUCUGCACGAGAGGUUCGAGGUCCUGGACAGAGGUCAGACAGGAGAGCUCAGGCCUCAGGAUUUCGCAGCGCUCCAGGGUUUGGCCUUGAAUCCAAUCGGAGACAGAAUCAUCGGCGCCUUCUUCUCUGCAGGUGUCUCUGAGCAGGAAACAGGAAACGUCUCCUCCUCCGUUCUCUCCCCGCAGACAGGAAGCGGUGGACUUUCCCUCCUUCGUCCGGGUCCUGGCUCACUUCCUGCCCGUCGACUCGAACCGCGGCGGGACGCAGGCGGAGCCGGCCAACAGCCGGACCGGGAAGCUCCGAUGUCAGUUGAGUAUCUGGCUCCUCCCCCCUCUGAUCCGUCAGUGUCUGUCCCUUUAAGAGCUUCGCUCAGAGUGUCGUCUGUGCGUCCAGUCGCCUUCCAGAUGUACGAUCAGGACGGAGACGGGAAGAUCUCCAGAGAAGAGCUGCUGCAGGUGCUGCGGGCGAUGCUGGGGAUGCAGGUGACGGAGGAGCAGCUGCAGAGCAUCGGCGAGCGAGCGAUCCGGGAGACCGACCUCGACGGAGACGACGCCAUCGGCUUCGACGAGUUCAGGAAGUCUGUGGAGAAAAUGAACAUCGAUCACAUGAUGAGUAUUCGCUUCCUGAAGUGACGACGGGACCUGGAGAAGAAGAAUUCAUGAAUAUGUUUUAUGUAUCAACGACAAUAAAGGAAAGUUUUACACGCUGCUGUAGGGCGCGUGUUGAACCA